CAUGACUUUUGCUGCCUGGCUAGUAUUAUUUAUUUACAAGGGACAUGGUUUCGAUUAUUGUUAUAAUCCACCAGGUAACAUAUUCCAUUUGAAAUUCAACACGGAAAUGUUGGUCCAUUGCGGUACGGAAAAUAUUUUACGUGAAUGGUAUUCGAUCUAUAAGAAUCGAACCGAGAUCAAUGAUUUUGCAACUUGGAGUUUAGAGAAAGGAAUCAUUAAAGUGGUUCCGAAAUCUCUUUACGACAGAAGAUAUAAUUUGCAGGGUUUGACCAUAAGGGCCGUUAUAGUCAAGGAAUCAUCGUUCGUAAAUAUUAAUGAGAAUGACGAAUUAGAGGGAGUGUUCGGCAGAAUAUUAAAAGAACUUUGCGUAAGUCUUAAUUUUAGUUUAAAGGUUGUCUCGAAAGUAGACGAGUAUGGAAGAUGGAUUCCUAAUGAUAAUACUUGGUCAGGAGCAAUCGGAGAAAUAUAUGCCGGACGUGCUGACAUUUCUAUAUCAGAUUUUUCUAUGACUAGUGCAAGAUUGAAUGUCGUAGAUUUCACCUUUCCACUUGUUUUCUCGAAAAAUUGUAUUUUCAUUAAAGAACCAAGCAAAUUCGCAAUCAAAUGGUCAUCCUAUUUUCAAACUUUCUCCCAUUCCGUUUGGAUUGCCAUGUUUGGAAUAUUAGUUUUUGCAAUGAUAGUAUUAGUUUUUCUCAAAAUAAAAAUUGGUACUGAUCGUAACAUUGGACAGUUAUUGUCCGAUAAUUUUCUUGAGAUUUGGGGUAUAUUCUGUCAACAGGGACUGGCAGACUUUCCAGAUAGAUCAUCGUUGAGAUUAGCAUACCUCUCUAUGUUUCUUUCGGCUGUUGUUUUAUCGGCCGCUUAUUCCGCCGCUUUGAUAAGCUUUUUAACAUCCGCUAUUCCCGUCUUACCCUUUCAUUCGUUAGAGAGCUUAGUUGAAGACGGUACUUAUCAAUUUGUUGUCCUUCGUGGUACGGCUGAUUACGAUAUAGUUGCAAAUGCAAGAGAUCCGCUUGCAAAGAAAUUGAUGAAAUUAAUGCCGGAAGAAAAAAAAUUGCCAUUCACUAUCAAGGAAGGGUUUAGAAGCAUUUGUGAAAAUCAAAAAAUUGCACUAUACACGUCAAUUGCAAAAAAGGAAGCUAUUAGAUUUAAAACGCCAUGCAAUGUGGUUCCUAUUAGUGCAGGACGUAUAGAAAGUUUAGCUAUUAUAUUAUCUAAGCACAAUCCAUUCACUGACGUCAUCAAUUUUCAUUUGCAGAAAUUUAUUAACAAUGGAAUGAUGAAUCGCUUAAAAGAUACGACAUUUAAAAAGAAAUUGAACUAUUUUAUGUUGAACCACGAACCGGUCCACUUAAUCAGCGUUGUAUCGCUCAUUUUCUUCAUUCUAAUUGGUAUAAUAACGAGUAUUUACGUUCUAAUCAUAGAAAAGUAUAUUUUCGUUCGUAAAAGAAAAAAGAUGUCGAUUGUACAUAGUAUAUUAUUGAAAAGAUCGUCAGGAUUUUAUGCGAAAAGGAAGAAAAGUAUAAAAAAUAUUGCAAAAGGCAAGAGAAGUCGUACAUGUACGCGCGUGAAUUAAUCACAACAAUGAUAAUUCUCUUUGUUAAUGAAUCUUUAUAUUCUGAUUGUAAUUCUUCGAAUGGAAUACAGAAACAUUUGUAAGCAUA